AUGCGGGGCUGCACGCGGCUCUGCGCGCUGCUCUGCGCGCUGCCCUGGCUUCUGCCGCCGGCUGCACGCGGGCUCCCCGCGCAACCCUUAGCGCGGCGCCGCGACCCCCGCGACCCCGCCAGGGGCGCUGAGUUCGAUCGCAUCUACAACGGGGUGGUGAGCCUCAGCACCGAGAACAUCUACUCCUUCAACUACACUAGCCAGCCCGGCCAGGUGAACGCCGUGCGGGUGUAUGUGAACAGCUCCUCUGAGAACCUCGACUACCCGGUCCUGGUCGUGGUUCGCCAGCAGAAAGAGGUGCUGUCCUGGCAGGUUCCUCUGCUCUUCCAAGGACUAUACCAGAGGAGCUACAACUACCAGGAAGUCAGCCGCACCUUAUGUCCCUCAGAAGCAACCAAUGAAACAGGGCCUCUGGAGCAACUGAUAUUUGUAGAUGUCGCAUCUAUGGCGCCCCUGGGUGCCCAGUACAGACUGCUGGUUACCAAGAUCAAGCACUUCCAGCUGCAGACAAAUGUUGCCUUUCACUUCACUGCCAGUCCCUCUCAACCCCAGUAUUUUCUAUACAAAUUUCCUGAAGAUGUGGACUCAGUUAUCAUUAAAGUUGUGUCUGAAAUGGCUUAUCCAUGCUCUGUUGUCUCAGUCCAGAAUAUCAUGUGCCCAGUGUAUGAUCUCGACCACAAUGUAGAAUUUAAUGGUGUCUAUCAGUCCAUGACCAAGAAAGCUGCCAUCACGCUACAGAAGAAGGAUUUUCCAGGUGAGCAGUUCUAUGUGGUGUUUGUGAUAAAGCCUGAAGAUUAUGCCUGUGGAGGAUCUUUCUUCAUCCAGGAAAAGGAGAACCAGACCUGGAAUCUACAACGUGCAAAGAACCUUAAAGUGACCAUUGUUCCUUCCAUUAAAGGAUCUGUUUAUGUGAAAUCCAUUCUUCUCAGUUUCCUCAGCUUCUUCUCCUUCUACUUGGGAUGCCUGUUUGUUGCGUUUGUUCAUUAUAUCAGGUUUCAGAGAAAGUCCAUUGAUGGAAGCUUUGGUUCCAAUGAUGGCUCUGGAAAUACGUCGGCGUCACAUCCCAUUGCUGCCAGCACCCCUGAAGAAAGCAAUUAUGGGGCAAUAGAUGAGUCAAGCUCCAGUGCUGGCAGGCAAAUGUCCUCCUCCGACGGCAGACAGCCGUGCCAGUCAGACACGGACAGCUCCGUGGAGGAGAGUGACUUCGACACCAUGCCAGACAUUGAGAGCGAUAAGAACGUCAUCCGGACCAAGAUGUUCCUUUACCUGUCAGAUCUGUCCAGGAAGGACCGGAGAAUUGUCAGCAAAAAAUAUAAGAUUUAUUUUUGGAACAUCAUUACCAUUGCUGUGUUUUAUGCGCUGCCUGUGAUCCAGCUGGUUAUCACCUACCAGACAAUAGUCAAUGUCACUGGUAACCAGGACAUCUGCUACUACAACUUCCUCUGUGCUCACCCCUGGGGUGUCCUGAGUGCCUUCAACAACAUUCUCAGUAACCUAGGCCACAUGCUCCUGGGCUGCCUCUUUCUGCUGAUAGUCUUGCGCCGGGACAUUCUCCAUCGAAGAGCCCUGGAAGCCAAGGACAUCUUUGCUAUGGAGUAUGGGAUUCCCAAACACUUCGGUCUCUUCUAUGCUAUGGGCAUCGCACUGAUGACGGAAGGGGUGCUCAGUGCUUGUUACCAUGUCUGCCCUAAUUACUCCAACUUCCAAUUCGACACCUCCUUCAUGUACAUAAUCGCCGGCCUCUGCAUGCUGAAGCUCUAUCAGACCCGCCACCCAGACAUCAACGCCAGUGCCUACGCUGCUUACAUCUCCUUCGCCCUGGUCAUCACGCUCACCGUCCUUGGAGUGGUGUUUGGGAAAAAUGACCUGUGGUUGUUUUGGGUCAUCUUCUCUGCAAUCCAUAUUCUGGCUUCUCUGGCCCUCAGCACCCAGAUCUACUACAUGGGUCGUUUCAAGAUAGAUGUGUCUGACACAGCAGAUUUGGGAAUUUUCCGACGGGCCGCUAUGGUGUUCUACACGGACUGCAUCCAGCAGUGCAGCCGGCCUCUCUAUAUGGACAGAAUGGUAUUGCUCAUCGUGGGGAAUCUGGUUAACUGGUCCUUUGCCCUCUUUGGACUGAUCUAUCGACCCAGGGACUUUGCCUCCUACAUGCUGGGCAUCUUCAUCUGUAACCUGCUGCUCUACCUGGCCUUUUACAUCAUCAUGAAGCUUCGCAGCUCCGAGAAGAUCCUCCUGAUCCCGCUCUUCUGCAUCAUCGCCACCGCUGUGGUGUGGGCCGCCGCCCUGUAUUUCUUCUUCCAGAAUCUCAGCAGCUGGGAGGGAACGCCAGCUGAAUCCCGAGAGAAGAAUCGAGAGUGUAUCCUGCUGGAUUUCUUUGAUGACCAUGACAUCUGGCACUUCCUCUCUGCUACUGCCCUGUUUUUCUCAUUCUUGGUUUUGUUAACCCUGGAUGAUGACCUGGAUGUGGUUCGGAGAGACCAGAUCCCUGUCUUUUAA